AUGACCAACUCCGAUUUAUUAGAUUUCAACAUUCCCAGCUCGCUCAACCCUAUACCUUCUUCCGCGACGGCCAAGACGACCUAUCGUAGCCACAGACCACGGUCAAAAGGCACGACCGGGUCCGCAGUCUCGGGUUCUUCGCAAGGCAGGGCUCAUCGAAGGUCCACAAAGGGAACUUCCGGAGCUACGAAAUGUACUUUAGCAUGCUAUCAAUAUUUUCAUGGGCCUCUAGACGUAGCUGAAUUUCCUCAAGGGCAUACGCAAGCUGGAAAAAUAGCCAUAUUGCCAACUGAAGAAUGGCAAUUCUCAUUCCAUCCAGUUUAUCACCGGGCGACUAACGAGGAAUCGCAGGAUCUAUCGAGAUUCUGGGAGGGUUUGAUGAGACCUAGGUUAGCGGAGGAAUGGUGGAGACCUCACAUGGAAUCGGAAUGGCGAGAAUUACCAGAACAACCAUUUAACCUGGUCGAGGACGAAAAGUUAUUUUCUGAUCUAUUGACUCGAAGAGCUGAAUGGAUUAACAGUGAUUAUGAAACAAGGAUGAAUCAUUGGAUGUCCGAAUUAAUGAAGAAAAACUUUCCUGAUGGAGAACCGAAUUUCGAGUUUAAACAAUUUAAUUCAAGGCAAGAAUACGAAAAUUGUAUCUCCCCCACUAGGGUCAGCUGGUCAGGUGAACCUCUCACGAUCAGUCAGAUGGAUGAGAUCCACAAAAGUCAAUGGGCAGGGACAACAAUUGGUGAACCGAGACCAUUUGCAUUGAGCAACGCCAUCGGUAGGAGCACAAUCUGCGUUCCAUCCAUCCUUCGGGACACUUAA